AUGAUAAAGCGAGCCAUGGGUAGCGUCCGAGUUAACAGGUACAGCAUUGUCUCAACUGAAGAGGAUGGGCACAAGGUCUCUGCCCUAGGCAACAUGAAUGGGCACAGCUGGAAUGGGAAAGGACAUGUCCCCAGGCGGAAACGCCGUAACCGUUUUGUGAAGAAGAAUGGCCAGUGCAACGUGUACUUUGCCAACCUGAGCAACAAGUCUCAACGCUACAUGGCCGACAUCUUUACCACAUGUGUGGACACUCGCUGGCGCUACAUGUUUAUGAUCUUCUCAGCAGCCUUCCUGGUCUCCUGGCUCUUCUUUGGGUUCCUCUUCUGGUGCAUCGCUUUCUUCCAUGGUGACCUGGGUGCCACUGGGGUGGGCGGUGUCCCCACCACUGCAAAGCCCUGCAUCAUGCAUGUCAAUGGCUUCCUAGGAGCCUUUCUCUUCUCGGUGGAGACGCAGACCACCAUUGGGUAUGGGUUCCGUUGUGUGACUGAGGAGUGCCCAUUGGCCAUCAUGGCAGUAGUGAUCCAGUCCAUUGUGGGCUGUGUCAUCGACUCCUUCAUGAUCGGCACUAUCAUGGCCAAGAUGGCGCGGCCCAAGAAACGGGCCCAGACCCUCCUUUUCAGCCAUCAUGCUGUCAUCUCUGUGCGUGAUGGCAAACUGUGCCUCAUGUGGCGAGUGGGAAACUUGCGGAGGAGUCACAUUGUGGAGGCUCAUGUCCGGGCUCAGCUCAUCAAGCCCUACAUGACACAGGAAGGUGAGUACCUCCCGCUGGACCAGCGGGACCUCAACGUGGGCUACGACAUAGGCCUUGACCGCAUAUUCCUGGUAUCCCCCAUUAUCAUUGUCCAUGAGAUUGAUGAGGAGAGCCCACUCUAUGGAAUGGGCAAGGAGGAGCUAGAGAUGGAGGACUUUGAGAUUGUCGUCAUCCUGGAGGGGAUGGUGGAGGCCACAGCCAUGACCACCCAGGCUCGCAGCUCCUACCUGGCCAGUGAGAUCCUCUGGGGUCACCGUUUUGAACCUGUGGUCUUUGAGGAGAAGAACCGCUACAAAGUGGACUACUCACACUUCCACAAGACCUAUGAGGUGGCCGGCACCCCUUGCUGCUCAGCCCGAGAGCUGCAAGAGAGCAAGAUCACCAUCCUGUCUUCUCCGCCACCUCCUAGUGCCUUCUGCUAUGAGAACGAGUUAGCCUUAGUAAGCCAAGACGAAGAUGAGGAGGAGGAGGAGGUGGAAGUGGGGCCUGGGUUAGGAGGAAGCUCCAAGAAGGAUGGAGGAGUCAUCCAGAUGACGGAAUUUGGGAGUCACUUGGAUCUGGAACGGCUACAGGCUGCCAUCCCCCUGGACACCAUCUCCUACCGCAGAGAGUCGGCCAUCUGA